AUGAAGAUUUUGAAUGGAUUCUCACAAAUGCUUAUUCUCCUUGUGAGAGUAAAUAGAGAAAAGAUAUUUGGAUUGAAUUCGAAUACACAACAUGAUGGGCUUCUGAUGGAGGUAAAGAGAAGGGGAGGAUUUAUUGAAGGCAGAAAUAUUCAGGAAAAAAUUGUUCUAGCAUCUGAGAUGGUUAAUGAGUUGGAGGUAAAGAGAAGGGGAGGAAACAUUGGUUUGAAAUUAGAUAUAACUCAAGCUUAUGAUUCAUUAAGCUGGAACUUUCUUUUCAAAACAUCAAGGCAUUUUGGUUUUUCUGAAGUGGGAAUUAAUUGGCUUAGAAUACUCUUUGAAUCAGCUAAAAUCUCAGUAUUAGUGAAUGAGGGAGCCUUGUGGUUUCUUUUCUGUUGGAAGGGGACUUCGACAAGAUUAUCAGAGAGCAUCUGGCCAAGUGAUAAUAGGGUGAAGAGUAAAUGCUUUUUGGGUGGAGUAAAUGAAAAUAGAAGAAGAAGUAUAGCUGAGAGUUUGCAAAUGGAAUUGUCAGAUUUUCCUGACAAAUAUUUGGGUGUGGUGUUGAAUCCUGGUAGAGUAAGGAAUCAUCAAGUAUGGGGUAUGGUUGAAUUAAUGAAUAAGAUAUUAGCAUGGUGGAUGGGAAAAAUGUUGUCAUUUUCUGAAAGGUUGACAUUGGUGAAAUCUGUGCUAUGUAGUAUACAUGUUUACAACAUGUCAGUGUAUAGGUGGCCCGCAAAUGUAAUCAAAGAAUGUGAAAAAAUAGUAAGAAAUUUUUUAUGGUCUGGAGAUCCUGCAGUGAAGAAACUCAUAACAGUAAAAUAUGAAAAGAUUUGUGCUCCAAUAACUGAAGGUGGAUUGGGAAUAAGAAGAUUUGAAGUCAUCAAUAAAGCCCUUCUUAUGAAGUUACUAUGA